GCCCUAUUUUUUUCCACCCGAGUUUCGUCUUCCUUCGGCGGCAAGGAAUUUGACUCUUCCGCAAAGCUCAGGAACUUUUCAUCUCUUUCGUUUAGGUUUUCCCUAAUUCUCUGCCCUAAUUCUUCACUGCUAUUUCUCCGAUCGGUUUUAGCGGCGAGUUAUCUUCUCCUCAAGAGAUGGCGGCUAAACCACUUACUACCGAGGCGAUUGCCAUAACUGAGAAGAAGAUGGAUAUGGCUUUAGACGACAUUAUUAAAAUGUCCAAAAAUACGGGAAAUAAAGGCACGAAGCAAAGAAGGAUACCGAACAAAAUGCAGAAAUUUCCAAAUAAUGCUUCUCAAAAUAGACCCAGAAAGUUGCAGCGUUUCAUGGACUCUAGGUCUUCUCUGAGACAGGGGGCUUUGGCCAACAGAAGGUCAAGCUUUCAAGGGAAUCAGUUUCCUUUGGCAACUGAGGUUGCAAGAAAGGCUGCAGUUGCUCCAAUUCGCCCUAGAGCUUUUAAUCGUAGGGCAACCAAUUGGAAUAAAACAAGGUAAAUCACGUUUAUACACAAUUGAUGACUUCUACAAUGUCCAUCAAGUUUUACUAUAUGAAGUUAGCAACAUAAUAUGUUGGUUGGAAAAACUGGAUGAUAAGUUUUUGCUUCAACCAGUUAAAUUGGAGUGGGACUAUUUCCAAUAAUUUUGAUUCUUCCAUGCUGACUGGGAAUUGUUUCUGCUUUAUCUUCUUAAGUCUGGUUUUGGAAUGCAUCGAGUUAUCUUUUGGUUUUCUGACGAGUAAGUGAUUGGUGGAGUCUGCAGAAGUUGGGACAAAGAUAAUUUGGAAAUUUUGAAUGAAUUUGUUUGCUGCGGUCAUCUGGAAAAAUGUGGUGGUAAAAAGGGCUUUUGUGUGCAUUGGAUGAGUGUGUAUACUUUUGAGUUUUUGCUCCUUGUUAAAUUUGUUAAUUGUCUUGGAUUUCUCAAGCCUUCGUAGACAACCCAUAUCAUUAGAGCAGCCUUGACCGGAUACCUCUUUUGUUGCAAGGAAGUGGAAGCUGUAUUUCAAGAUGUGACGUUUUAACUACACCAGAUGGUUUAAAAUUGUGGCAUCUCCCUUUUAUUGAUUAUUCCACAAUAGUCUUGUUGUUCAUCAUGCUCAAACUCCGCUGUUAACUUCCAUUCCUGGUGGAUGACAAUUGACAUAUCUUCAUUGGCUUGCAAUAAUGCAGGCAAAGAACCUUUUGGGCCUGUGGUAUUGUGAGAUUUUGGUAAAUUUUGUAUCUAUUUUAGUGAUCCGUCUGCUAGUUUCCUUUAUUCCACUUGGUGUUCCCUUUUCACUUGCUGUCGCAUCCUGGGGACAUUAGUUAGCCUUCCAACUACCAUGUUGUGACAAGUCUACAAGCACUUCUACUUGUUCACUAGCCAUAGGACUCAAAUGAGGAAACCCUCGACCACUGAAAGUUUUCCACUUGUGAAAUAUGGUUCUAUAAAUUCCCGUAGUCAGCCACUCAGCCUGGCCCAUGGGAGAUGAUAUUUCAUUUUCUAUAGUAGAUCCUUGGGGUGGAAUUGAAAUUUUGCUUGUUGCAAGUAAAACAAGAACUCCGAUUUUGGUAAUUUGUUGUUGCAUAAUCCCUGUGAUAACAUAAGUGCUGAAGGAACUAUGAAUGGUGAGUUAAAAUGUGUCGAAAGAUGACUUUAUGCUGUUCUGUGAGGUAUCAUGUGUAGAUCUUGGGUUUAGUCAGUGGAAUACACUAAUACUGCAGAAGUUCAUGCUGCUUGAUUUUCUGGUUGAAGCCUUCAUUUUCUGGUUCAAGUUCCGGACAGGAAUCUUCCUGGAGUAUAUUUUUUGUUCAUUGAUAAUACUAGUUUGGAGCUUUUCAUUGUGCAUUAAAGCAAGCAAAGCAUGUGGGGUGUUUGAUUUGAGGUUUGGAUGGAUCAUCCUAU